CUGUAUGACUAGGGUAUGAGUCAUAUAGUCUGCAGUCCUGCUCGGCACUCGGAAGCUCCGCACCAGAGAGAAGGAAAAAGUGCGUUUGUAGGCUAGGUUGUGCAAGUCUGGAUAAGAUUGAGAAUAACGGAGGUUCCAUGUGAAUACAUUUCCUCAGUGUUAAAGCAUGAUCAGGUGCAAAAUCAACCAGUGCCUUUAGAAUCAGAAUUCAUCCAUAAUGUCAACAGCCUGUAACUGGUUGAGCCUUUUCUUGUGCUUGAGAGGCACCAGCAAUAAUAAGAGAACUAUUCAUCAGAUUCACCCUAACCAGAAAUCGUUUGAUGCUGUCGUUGUAUGGAAAGGCAAAGGUCUACAGAGAAGCACUGGUGGAGUGGCCUAUGACUACAUCUUAAAGCCAGCUGCUGAUAUAGCCCCGAAAAUCUCUUCCCCUCCCAAGGAAAAACCCCUCACCCAUAAUGAAAUCUUCGAAAAACUGCAGAAAGCCGAGGCCAGGAGACAGUCCUUAGAGGCACAAAAGUUGGAGUUUGUUGCUAAAGAAAAACAAAGACUGCAAGAGGCCUUGAUGAAAUCUCAGAAAGAGGAGGAGGAGAAGGCUAAAGCUGCCCAGAUCAAGCUUCGACGUUCCAUGGAGAUCACAAAGGAGAAUCGAGAACAGCAGAUACAAAGUCUGCAGGAGAAACUACGAGAGCAUCUGUCCAAAGUACACGAAGUGUGUAGAAAUAGUGAAAGUAUGAGCAAAGAGUUAGAGGAAAGACUUAUUCAAAAGUAUGAGGCUUACGAAGAAAACCGCAAAACCCAGCUUCAGUCUGUUGUGAAGCGCCUACAGGACCAUGCAAAACAUAUUGAGGAAGUAUGCAAGGCUAGUGAGAAUAUGAGCAAGACCUCUGAGGAGAAAAUUAUCCAGAAAAUGGAGAAUGCCCUAAAGAAGCGUGAAGAGCAUUUUAAAGCAUUGCAAGAGAGACUGAAAGAACAUGAACGCAAGAUUGAGGAAGUGAGGAAGAACAAGAUGAGCAUGUCUAGCUGCUCCAUGGAAGGAAGCUUGACCUGUUAGACCCCUGGCAAAACGAUCACAAAGGACCAGCUUCUGUUGCCUAACACUUCAUCUUAUGAUCAUCAGAAUGCACAGAAACCUACAGGAUCAAAGGAUUUACUCAAAGACAAUAAACACAUUCUUUAAGCUAAAUUGAUCACUGAUGUAUUAUCAAAGAGAAUUAGUUAUUGAGAUACUGAUAUGGUGCCAUCUGUUGAAAGACAACAUAUUUUGGAAAUGCAUAGGCAGUAUGAGUGCUUUUAAAAUAAUAGUGCUAAGUAUAUACAGAGUUGCUUUGUUGUAUUGGUAAUGAGUUUGGUGUUGCAUUUUUCAUUCAACUAUGUAUAAAGUUAAUGCUUCAGUAACAAGAAUGUCUAUUCUUAAAGGAGAGAAACUGUUAUGUACAUAUACUGUCACAGCUACUGGACUCCUUAAUAGACAUAUUGUACCUGAAAAUGAUGGAUUCAUCAGCGAUGUUAAUGGAUGAACUGUUUGGGGUUUUUUUUUUCAUCAUGGACAAUAUUGACAGAAUUGAGACUACAACAUGUUUAGUGGAUAGUCAUGUAAUGCAUGUAUAUUUCCUGUUCAUCUUAUCAACGUGUUUGUAUAAUCUAUUUGAUAAUAUUUAGCACUAUUUAACAUUUUUAUGCUUAAAACUAAACUCAAUUUUUAUUAGUUUGAUAUAUACAUUUAUAAAGCAUAAUUUUCUUCUCAGCAGCUUCCUAUUUCAGUUUAUUGAAGGUUGUUUGCAGUAUUUUGUAAAAUAUUUAGAAUGUGAAUCAUUAGAUAUUCGAUAAAUAGUGCAAAUUUAUUGCUUUGAAAUUUGAAAGACAAUGUGAGACCUGUUGAAGUAUUGCUUGUAAACAUUGGAGGUUUAACUUUGCUCAUGAAAUCAAUGAACAGUGAAGAUACUCAGUACAGUGCGGUUAAGACAGAAUGCAGCCAUGUUGUGUAUGGAUGGAAAGUUCUAUUUGGACAGCUCAAUCAGAAUUGUUAGGUUUAGUCAUAUUUUCUAUGUAUUUGCAAUCUCUAAACAAUGUGGAAUUUAGUUUUAGCUUUUGUAAUGUGGCUUGUAUUAAUUAAUAAAGCCUUAUUGUAGAAA